GGUCUCCCUCCCGCCGCGGGGUGGCUUUUAUUUUUUCUUGUUUCUUGUUCUUUUAAUCAGGCUCACUGAAUGAAAGCCAGUCAGAGCGAGCGAGCCAGCGAAUGCUCCCCCUCCUCUUCCUCGCUUCCCAUCCCCACCGCUUUCCCUGCUGUCCAGAGUUAAGUGAUGCUCGGAGAAGACGCCUGAAUUCAAUUCGAGUCGAAUCUGGGUGAGGGGGCAAAAUAGCCGGGGGAAACCGCGAAAAUAACGAGGAAGAUAGUCCAAGACUUCGUGGGUGCUGCCUGGGUUGGACUCGACUUGAUUCACACCAAAAGGUUUUGGAUAUGCACCGACUACAGAUGGGCUGUUGGUUAUAAACUGCACCAAGGGUACACAAAGAGCUUACUCUAAGAAGAGGUAUAAUACUGAACUUGCAGUCAAAGGCACGUGUGAAGCUAAGAAUUAUGACAAUACAGCAACUCUUACUGCUGGUGCUGCUCUUGCUAUGCCUGCUACACCCCUGCUUGACAGCCAUGGUGUUCACUAGGACUACAGACCACCAGCCCCCAACUUUCAGAACUCAUGCAGUAGGAAAUGAAGGGAAAGUUCUGCACCGUCAGAAACGAGGCUGGAUGUGGAACCAGUUUUUCUUGUUGGAGGAAUAUACUGGGUCUGAUUACCAAUAUGUAGGCAAGCUUCACUCUGACCAGGACAAAGGAGAUGGAUCCCUCAAGUACAUCUUGUCAGGAGAUGGGGCUGGCACUCUUUUUAUUAUUGAUGAGAGAACAGGAGACAUUCAUGCCACAAGAAGAAUUGACAGGGAAGAGAAAGCUUUUUAUACCCUACGUGCCCAGGCUAUUAACCGAAGGACACUCCAGCCAGUAGAACCUGAAUCAGAGUUUGUCAUCAAAAUCCAUGACAUCAAUGACAAUGAGCCAACAUUUCCAGAAGAAAUUUAUACAGCAAGCGUUCCUGAAAUGUCAGUGGUUGGUACUUCUGUUGUUCAAGUCACAGCCACUGAUGCUGAUGAUCCUUCCUAUGGAAAUAGUGCCAGAAUUAUCUACAGCAUACUCCAAGGCCAGCCAUAUUUCUCUGUGGAGCCAGAAACAGGCAUCAUUAGAACAGCUCUGCCAAAUAUGAACAGAGAAAACAGAGAGCAAUAUCAGGUGGUUAUCCAGGCAAAGGAUAUGGGGGGCCAGAUGGGCGGAUUAUCGGGAACCACCAUGGUGAACAUCACCCUGACGGAUGUCAAUGACAAUCCACCUCGAUUCCCACAGAGCUCAGUCCACCUACGCAUCCCAGAAUCUUCCCCAGUUGGCACUGCGAUUGGAAGCAUCAAAGCCUCUGAUGCAGAUAUUGGGAGAAAUGCAGAACUUGAAUACCGAAUUAUUGAUGGUGAUGGAAGAGACACGUUUGAUAUUGUUACACAAAAGGACACACAGGAAGGCAUUAUCAGAGUACGAAAGCCAUUGGACUAUGAGAAUCGAAGGCUAUAUACUUUGAAAGUCGAGGCAGAGAAUCUGUAUGUUGACCCACGCUUUUAUUACCUUGGACCUUUUAAAGAUACAACUACUGUGAAAAUAUCCGUGGAAGAUGUGGAUGAACCUCCUAUAUUUAGCAGAUCUUCAUACCUUUUUGAAAUUCAUGAAGAUAUUGAGGUGGGCACCAUCAUAGGCACUGUCAUGGCACGAGAUCCAGAUUCUGCUGCAGGUCCAAUAAGGUUUUCUUUGGAUCGUCACACUGAUCUUGAUAGAAUCUUCAACAUACAUUCAGGAAAUGGAUCUAUUUAUACUUCUAAGAUGCUUGACCGAGAAAUAUCACAGUGGCACAACCUUAGUGUGAUAGCAGCAGAAAUCAACAAUCCCAAAGAGACGACCCGUGUUUCUGUGUAUGUACGAAUAUUGGAUGUGAAUGACAAUGCACCACAAUUUGCUGUGUUCUAUGACACUUUUGUGUGUGAAAAUGCAAGAGCGGGCCAACUAAUACAGACCAUUAGUGCUGUUGAUAAAGAUGAUCCCCUUGGAGGACAAAAGUUUUUUUUCAGUUUAGCUGCUGUGAAUCCAAACUUCACCGUUCAAGACAAUGAAGAUAACACAGCCCGGAUUUUGACAAGAAGGAAUGGCUUUAGCCGACAUGAAAGAAGCAUAUACCUCCUUCCAGUGGUGAUAUCAGAUAAUGACUACCCCAUCCAGAGUAGCACAGGCACCCUGACGAUCAGGGUGUGUGCUUGUGACAGUCGGGGAAACAUGCAGUCCUGCAAUGCUGAAGCUUUGCUCCUUCCAGCGGGCCUUAGCACAGGGGCACUCAUUGCCAUUCUGCUCUGUAUCAUUAUUCUCCUGGUUAUAGUGGUGUUGUUUGCUGCUCUAAAGAGGCAGCGGAAGAAAGAGCCUCUGAUCCUGUCUAAGGAAGACAUCAGAGACAAUAUCGUGAGUUAUAAUGAUGAAGGGGGUGGAGAGGAAGAUACCCAAGCUUUUGAUAUUGGUACUUUGAGAAAUCCUGCAGCUAUUGAAGAUAAGAAACUCCGCCGAGAUAUUAUCCCAGAAACAUUAUUUAUACCACGGAGGACUCCUUCUGCUCCAGAUAACACGGAUGUCCGAGAUUUCAUUAACCAAAGGUUAAAGGAGCAUGAUCAUGACCCCUCUGCACCACCUUAUGACUCCCUGGCAACUUAUGCCUAUGAAGGAAAUGAUUCUAUAGCUGAAUCCUUGAGUUCAUUAGAGUCUGGCACUACUGAGGGAGACCAAAACUAUGAUUACCUCAAGGAAUGGGGCCCUCGGUUUAAUAAGCUUGCUGAGAUGUAUGGUGGAGGCGAAAGUGAUAAAGACACUUCCUAACCUACAGUAGGAUAUAUAGUUCAAUUGAGAGAAAGUAACUUUACAGAUACCUUUUCCACAUGACAAUAUUUGAUGUUCAGGAGCAUUCUCCUACCACUCAGCACAAUGUUUCUUUUCUUCUUCAUUUUCCUUUGUUUUGUUUUGAAUUGCUCAUUAAUGUCCUUUAUUCUUUCUUGUAGACUGUCACAAGGAAUAUAUAUAGAUUUUAUUUCACCCCGUUCUGAAAGCCAAAGCAGUUGAAAUUUGGUGUCAUCCAUUUUAUUAAAUAAAGGAUACGCUGUCUUUGAGCAGGUUUAUAAUCUCUCAAAGAGUCAUAUACGAAUUGCUUCUGUUAAAUACAUGUUCUCCACUUGCAAGUACAGCUUUGAAAAAGACCCAGACUGCAAUCUACAAAAGGGUCAUGCAUGCACAUUCUACAUGCACACCCACAUUUUCCUUGGAAAUGUGUUUCUUUUCCGGAAACUAUGCACAGAAGAUCCCCAUAAACCUUAUUAAACAUUUUCAUACAGAGAGAGUGCUCCCACCCGAAUCUACAUAUAUAAUGAACAAGCGAGUUGUUUUUUUUUGUUGUUGUUUGGAGAAAAAUAGUUCCUCUGAAAAAUAAUUUGGUACUAUAUACCCUGAGAGUUUUCAAUAUACACAUUUGAAUUCCAUUGUUUAGGAACAAUUGUUAUAAACUGGGGUUUUCUGCUUGUGCAGCUUCCGAAAAAUGAACUGGAGGAAAAAAAUGAAAUGGCAUGCACAGAGUGUGCACUUCCUUUUGAAUCAUGGCCC